AGGAUGCGCGCUCUCGGCGGUCCUUAGCGCGCAAACACACACACACACACACACACACACACACACACACACACACACACACACACACACAGGAAAUACGUGGUUCCUCAAAGAUGCACUGUGGCUUUACGAGACCACAUGAUGACGAUCAUAUCUUAAAUAACAUAAGUUAGUAUUAUUGUUUCUAAUAUUAAGCAAUAUAUAGGCCUACCUAUUUUAAAAAAAUCAGCUUUUUGCCACGAUUUCAGAUUAAAUUUCUUAAAUAAGCAUUGCUGUUAUUUACUAAGCAAAGGCAAAGAAAAACCGAAAAGCAGCAGAAAAAUACAGUUAAGUCAUAUUCAAUGAAACUGAAUAUUGAAAAAGUUAAUUUAGAUCUUUCAGGAUCAGGAUAAUACAAUAACAAAUUUUGCUGGACGAUUAAUUGUCCCAGAAAUUAUUGCGGUAAACGAUAUUAUUGAUGUUUUGAGACCAUCUUCAAAGAUUAUGCAUGGUGAUGGCAUAAUAAUUCAAGAACAUAUUCUCAAAGAUCAAUAAACUUCAAAUUCUGUUGAAGAUUUGACGCUGGGACUGGAAAACGUUUUAAAUAUCCAAAAUAGCAAAUAGAAAAAUAAACAAAACAAUACAAUACAUUUAACAUUAAAAUAUGACAUCAGACCAGCAGCUAACAUUUUUUAUGCGUAAAUAGGGAUUUACUGUCAUUUGAAAGGACGUCAUUUUCAAGACAUUUUUAAUCUGAUAUAUAAGCCUCUUUGGACUACAUAUUCUACUUUGAACUUAUUUCAAUUUUGUUUAUAUUUUAUUUAUUUAUGAUUUUUAAAACGUUGCAACCAUAAAACUUUGUGUAUGUUAUUUUAAAAAAAAACUUAAUAUCAUACCAACACAAAGUGGUUGCAACGUUUGAUCUGAUUCAUUUAUCUCUCAUCCACUCUGACCAAUUUUCCUGCAUUUGCAGAAGAAGCAUUUUCCCAAAGCAUGAUGCUGCCACUACAUUUUUUUUUACAAUGUGCACCAGGUGAUUCGUUAGACUAUCAUCACACAAAGUGUUUUGCCUCUGAGCUAAAAAAAAUAUAAAAUAAUGAUAAUAAUGAUGAUGAUAAUUUAGUUUUAUUUGACAAAAGACACUUUCCAAUUCCUCAAUGCUUGGCUUAAGCUGCAAUGACAAAUUUCCAUCUGAAUAAACCAUAAAAGAUGAGACUGUCAGAAAGAUAUUUGGCUAUGAUAAGUUGUUUUCGUUUGGAGGAAACAAAAACAAGUUUGUUAAAUGAUAGAAAGUGUUGUAUGUUAUAACUGAUAAAGGUGAUUCAGCAAGCUAACUAAGCAAAGAUAAGAAGUUAUAAACUGUGACAGGGUAGCCUACUUUAGAAAAAUAGUACAUUUAAGUAGAAAUUUUCACCUCAUAGAAAUGUAUAAAUCUAUAAAUUGUAUAAUAUUUUCUUUCUUGUUUCAUAAUCCACUGGAAAAUGAUUCUGGAGAGAGCCUGAGGUUUCCUAUAGGCUAUUACCACAGCUAUAUGACAUUUACAGUAUGUCACUGAGCAAUAUUAUAAUUAUAGCCCAUGAUGGGACUGCUCAGUGGUUAGCAGCGGUCAAGUGAGCGUAAACUAAAACAUGUAGGCAUGCAGAUGCUUCCACAAACAAAGAUCUGGAGGCUGAAUUUAUCAGCAAGAGAUUUUAGAAUCACAUCUGGGGCCAAUACUUUAAAUACUGGCCCCAUUACUUAUAUUGUAAAUUUGAUGAGCUUGCUUUCAAGAGUCUUUGAGCUACUGCUAAAAUUACUGGUCAUAUGAUAGGGCAAUUCUGAAAUCUGCCUAAUUCAGCACCAUGGUCAGCUCACUGUGCAGCCGAGAGGAUCCUCCAAAAUCCAGCUUUCUAACUGCAAUUGUAAGACUAAUGUCAUGAACAUUAAACAAAUAAACAAUAGCCUACUGGGAAAUUUCUAACUUUUUGCACAAGAAUACCUUUUUCUAUUUUACAAACAAAUAUACUUGUACCGACAUUUAAUUCGUUAGCUUUAAUUAAAUUAAGGCAAAUAUUCAGAGAAAACCACAAAGUGAUAGAUUUUCUAAAUAUAGACAUUGAAGAUGCCAAUGAAAGGCCGACCGGAAAUAAUAUAUUUUAAUUUGUUGAUUUGUUCUUGGCAGGUUUGGCUCUGAAGCCAACAUAGAUAUGCUUGGAAAUCGGAUUUUAUUCUAUUUUACGUACAUCCAAACCACAAAAUCUACUCAAGCUUCAGAAAUAUAUCAACAAAACGCUGUUUACCUGUUUCAAUUCAAUGGACUUUCUCAAAAUCACGUCUAUUCUUCACGUCGUUAAGCUAAUUCUGUCAGUUAACAAAAUAAAAGCUGCGUCAGACGCAAAUGGCUUUUAUUUUGAAAAGCUCGUUGUGGAGUUCCGGAUGUGCUGUGCUAGUUGCUAGCUUUCCUUCUGGUCACGCGAAUAUUCUGGGUUCUGCCAUGUUGCCAGUCGUGGUGGUCCAUGGGGGGGCAGGUCACAUCCCCAAAGAGCGCUCAGACCUGUCCACCUCAGGAGUGUGCUCUGCAGCAAGGUCAGCGUAUGCACUCCUGCAGGGAGGGGGCAGCAGUAUGGAUGCUGUGGUGGAGGCUGUUAUGUUACUGGAGAAUAAUCCAUCUUUCAAUGCAGGAUGUGGCUCAGUGCUGAAUGUGAAGGGGGAGGUGGAGAUGGAUGCCCUUGUGAUGGACGGGAAAAUGCUGAGCAGUGGCGCCGUGUCAGCCGUCCGCAACAUAGCUAACCCAAUCCAGCUGGCCAGACUUGUCAUGGACAAGACCAGCCAUGCCUGUCUAACAGCGGAGGGUGCCAAUCAGUUUGCUCGCUCGAUGGGCAUUCCCGAGGUUCCUCAAGAAACCCUCAUCACAGAGUAUUCCCGCAUGCGCUGGAAAAUAAACCUGGUCCCAGAUGCCAACCCUGUGGAGUGCCAAAUGGGGAAGAUGGGGACGGUUGGAGCGGUGGCAGUCGACACAGACGGCAACGUAGCAUGUGCGACUUCCACCGGAGGAAUGCUGAACAAGAUGGAAGGCCGAGUGGGCGACACCCCGUGCAUUGGCAGUGGAGGCUAUGCUGAUAAUAUGUCAGGAGCCGUGUCGACUACGGGCCACGGAGAGGCCAUCAUGAAGGUCACACUGGCGAGACACAUCCUGUUCCACAUGGAGCAAGGCCAGUCAGCUGAGGCUGCCAGUGAUCUUGGUCUGGCCCACAUGAAGUCCAGAGUCGGGGGACUUGGCGGGGUUGUGACCGUGGACCCACAGGGCAAUUGGGCCGCUCGCUUUUCCAGCCGCCAAAUGGCGUGGGCCGCGGUGCAGAAAGAUACGCUACACUACGGUCUGUACACGGGAGAACACUUCACCCAAAUCCUCAAGGACGCUCACUGACACCAGGCCCAGUUUGUGUCAGUAGAGCUAUAAAGUUUAGUCACAAAAACCAAUGAACAGUGCACAUAUCUGAGCCGAUCCAAAGAAAAGCGAGAAAUUUCAAGAAACUCUAAUGACACUGUGAUUCUUUGUAACAAUCAUUUGAAAAGUCAUUGCAGAGAGAAACUAGAGCAAAAUGAUCAAAUUCACAUCGCUGUUCAGUUUUUAAGCUUCUGAGGAAACCCUUCAGGUUUUACUAUAUUUGUUAAUUUUUUACAAACUACUGGCCAGUUUUAUGACCACUGAACACAUAAAAUGAUUUGCACAAAGUGUGUUUUUCUGUCAUUGUUGUACUGAUGAAGUGCUGCUCAUCAUUUGCUGAAUGUUGGUGAAGAAAAAUCAAACCGAAAAGGUAUUUAUGGCAAUGUGAGUGAUAUUUUUAUCUUAAUUUAGAUGAUUAUAGUUUAUCACAACUGAGUUUCUCAAGGUGAAGCAUUAAAAAGAGUCAAGAAAACCAUUUUUGUCAGAUUGCUGGUGGUACAUCUCACCAACAGACAAGUUUUUCUUCUUGGGCUUUUGAUUUACUGCAAGCCACAAUAAUCCAAAUUAAUAGACAUAAACACCUGAAAUAUCUUGCACUGUCUGUAAUUAACCUUUACUAUUGGUAAAUUUCACUUUUUGAACUUAAUCACUCAAAUAAAUUAGUUUUUUGUGAUAUUCUGAUUUAUUGAGAAGCUAUUAUAAGCCAGCAUAUUUUAACUCAAUCUGUUAUGAACACCAUUUAUGUAUUAUUUGGAUGAGUAGUGUUAACCUGUCUGAUCCACUAGGGGGUGAUGUUUCCUCAUGCUGACAAAAUGCAAAACUUGAAAUUUCCUUUUUUUAACUGAACUACUUCCAGGCUUACAUUGUGGAAUUUUAAUUUUUUUAGAUGUUUAUAGAGUACUUUAUAAUAUAUACUUUAAUUGUGCAAUACCAGUCUUAAUGUAUUUUGAAUCAUUUUUAAUGAUAAUUGUUAUGAUCUGUUUGAUUUGAUAAAGAAUGCCGCAUUCAUAUGUUGAUUAAUUCCUUGUGUUCAAUAAAAACAAUGGAGCUCAUGA